AUGGGUGUUGAUAUUGAAAUCUUCGGUAUGGAGGGUAUCCCCGCGGAUGUCCUCAAGGCCCAUCAGCAGCGUGUCGCUUCACAAUUUCAGCAGGCCGAGCUAGAUCGCCAGCAUGCGACAGGCAAUCCUCCAACUGGCGUCUCUUCUGGCGGCCAACCGGCGAAGAAGCCCAAGCUCGAACCUGUCUCAGACCUUAAAAAGCGACUGGCUGAGCACAAGGCCAGACGUGCGGAGGCGCUUGCCGGAGGUAGCAGCGGCGACGUGACACCCUCUAGUGCCGUUCCGUCUACAUCAACACCUGGUGGAUACGCGCCAUCCCCUCAGGUCGCAGCCACUCCGCAAUAUUCUUACCCUCAGCCCUACGGUGGGCCCCCCGCUGGUGUGACACCUCAUUUCUCGCAAACUGGCAGUCCUGUCUAUUCAAGCUACUCCCCAGUUGGUGGACAACAGGUCCCUGGUGCCUCGCCGUACACCCCAUCCGGGUAUCCCUCGCCAUUCCCCGCCGGACUUCCUGCACAGCCACCAGUCUCCUACGGGGCUCCUCCUUUCCUUCAGCAACAACCUCCACCAUCCGAUAACAGAUUUACGGGCCUACCGGCCGCCUCAAACCUUCCUCAGCGUCCUGCCUUUGCUGUGCCUUCAGUUAACGCGCACGAAAUGCAACAAAUGCACAUGGGACACGUCCCGGCCCCCACCCCCGCAACUUCGGGUUACUCUAAUGCAUCCAGCGCUCAACCAACUGAGAAUGUCUCCACGGCUGUUGACAGUCAACUUUCAGGCGCAGCCAAUGACAUGGCAUCCAAGACAGAGGGUAUCAACAAACCCAAGAAAGAAAAGGCCAAGCCCGCAGUCCGAUUGGUUUACAAUGAUGACACGCUUAGUCCGGAGGAGAAAAUGGCGCAGCUACCUCGAUAUGCGUACGUUCCCGACAAAAGCACGCAAACCGUCCUCGGCGAGCUACCCGGCAACGCAAUCGUGGGCGCCAUUCAAGAUUCCGACACGGUGAUCGAUCCGGCACAUUAA